AUGGCCGACCGACUGCGCUGCGAGCAUGGCGAGUGGAAGACUCGCGACCAGUUUUCGAAGACCCAGCUUGAGAAAUACGAGCAGCAAGCCCGCAAUGGAACCGCAACCCCGGCGCGUACCGGUAUCCGCUGCAAGGAGCAUUCGGCGAAGCAGGCGCUCGAGCUGAAGUGCAACGGACCUUGCGGCCGCUGGCGGGAGCUGCGAUUCUUCAGCAAGAGCACGAGACGUAACGGAAAGAACAGGAGAUGCGACCCAGACUGCCUCAUGCUUCCCAUCUGA